UAAAUCAAGUGGAAUAUUUUAUUUUGUUUUAAAAAUUAAAAAUGUACUGUUGGUAUUGGCUGUAUAAAUACAAUAAAUAAUAAUAUACCUAAUCUAUAUUAAAUGAACUUGACAUCCCAAGAAAUAUUUUUAGAACAGAAAUGGCGUUUCUGUGGAACUUCGAGGGUAUAGCAAUUAGCAAGUACAUAGGGAGUAUUUACUAUUUACCUAUUACAUACCAAAUCCUACCUAAGUUGGCAGUAGCUAAUGUUGCUAUGGAUAUGAGUAUUGACGUGAAAACCACAACAGUAAUAUACAAGUUACAUUAACUAUAAUAGUUAAUAUUUUAUAACAACAUAGAUAUAAGUACCUACCUACUUAAAUACUUUAAUGGUUAGUUAAAGCUUUUACCAAGUUUAAGAAUGUAAUACACUAUAGCUAAUAAUUAAUAUCAAUACUCACCUCAAAUAUGAUUCUAUCACGUGUAAAACCGGCGGUAGAACAGCAAUUAGAGAAAACUAAACCAGUAAAUCAUAAGAUAACCGCUAAGGAUUUCAUAGAGAAAAGGGAUUAUACUGGUGCUUUAACCAUUUUAAAAUUUGAUAUAGAAAAAUCAAAACAAGAUGUGGAAUUAGAACUAUGGCUAGCAUAUUGUUAUUUUCAUUUAGGUGAUUAUAAUAACGCAAUGCUCAUUUACAAAAAUCAUAGCAAAAAUUCAGGAAUAAAACAUUUGUUUGUCAAUUUAGCUUGUUGCUAUUUUUAUUUAGGCAUGUAUCCAGAGGCUGAAGAAGUAUUGGGCAAGUCCGAUAUUUCCGACGUAAAAAUUAGAUUGCAAUUUCAUUUAUCACAUAAACAAGGUGACGAAAAAAAGCUCAUGGAAUAUCAUGAACUUUUAGCGGAUGUAGUUGAAGAUCAAUUAUCAUUAGCAGCUAUACAUUAUCUUAGAUCGCAUUAUCAAGAAGCUAUUGAUAUAUAUAAAAAGUUAAUGAUAAAUAAUCGACAUUUUUUGGCACUGAAUGUUUAUAUGGCUCUAUGUUAUUAUAAAUUAGAUUUUUAUGACGUAUCUCAAGAAAUUUUAGAUGUUUAUAUGAAAAAAUAUCCAGAUUCUAUGAUAUUAACUAAUUUAAAAGCUUGUAAUUUGUAUAAAUUAUACGAUGGUAAAGCUGCUGAAUCGGAAUUGAAAAAUCUUAUUGCGAGAAGAUCAUCAACAUUCAAGUUUUGUGAAGAUUUGAUUAAACAUAACAUGGUUGUUUUCCGCGAAGGAGAAGGCGCUUUACAAGUGUUGCCAGCGCUAGUUGAUAUCCUUCCAGAAGCACGUCUUAAUUUGGUAAUAUAUUAUUUGAAGCAAGGAGAAAAUGAAGAAGCCUAUGAGUUAAUCAAAGAUUUGGAACCAGCUAUUCCCCAAGAAUAUAUCUUAAAAGCUAUUGUUAAUGUAGUUGUUGGUCAAGAAAAGGGAGAUACUAAGCAAAUUGAUAAUGGACAGAGUUUAUUCAAUAUGGUGGGAAGUAGUUCCAGUGAAUGUGACACAAUACCAGGUCGGCAAUGCAUGGCUUCCUCUUUAUUUUUAGAAGGGCGUUAUGACGAAGUUAGCUUAUAUCUAAGUUCAAUAAAGAGCUAUUUCUCCAAUGACGAUAGUUUUAAUUUUAAUUUUGCUCAGGUUAAAUUAUCGCUAGGUGAGUACAAGGAAGCAGAAGAGAUGUAUUUACAAGUAAAAAGCAACAAAAUACGAGAUAGUUUUAUUUACAUAAACCAUUUAACACAUUGUUUUAUUAUGAAUAAAAAAUCACAGUCAGCAUGGGAUUUAUAUUUGAAAAUUGAAAAUUCACAAGAUUCAUUGAUAAUAUUGCAGUCGAUUGCAAAUGAUUGUUAUAAAACUAAUCAGUUUUGGCAAUCAGCCAAAGCAUUUGAUAUGCUCGAAAGAUUAGAUUUAUUACCUGAAUAUUGGGAAGGAAAACGAGGAGCUUGUGCCGGCAUAUUUCAACAAAUUGUUCUUGGCAAUCAACCACAAGAUCAGAUAGCUGAUGUUAUACAUUUAUUAAGAAACUCGGCAAAUCCUCAAGUUGAACAAAUGAUAAAAAUGAUGAAGAAAUGGGCGAAAAAUAACAAAAUAGUUGUUUAGAUUUAUUUUUGACUACUAAAUUGCCUGAAUAAGUAGGUAGGUAUAGGUACCUAAAAAUAUUACACAUAUUAACGUUAUUGUGACAUAUUUUUACUAUAUACUCGUUGUCUAUUACUUUUAAGUUUCAACUUUCAAGUAUUAAAAUAUAUAUGUAUAGAAAGUUAUAAUUAAUAAUAUACUAUUCAAUUUAUACAAUUAUACGACCAUAUCUAUUAUACUUGUGUAAUUGUGUCGAUAUAAACUACAAAUAAUUAUAAAUGCUAAUUGCAUAUUAUGUGUUAUGUUUUAUGUAUAUUAUAGUGUAUACCGUAUGUGACGUAUGUCUGUAUAAGUACUGUGUAUAGUUAGGUUAAGUUACUAAGUCUUGAAGUCUAGGCCGUUGAUGAAAACAAAAUCUUGGUUAUGAAUUCAGAUAUUUUUAUAAUGAUGACUACCUUUAUAUAUUAUCAUUAAAAUUAAUUGACAAUAUGUUAAA